GCCUCUUCCGGCCUCGCUCUCCUCAUGUGAAUUACCACAUCAACCCUUAGAAACAGCAACUGAUUAAGCCGGACCACCUGGCUCACAGAGAAUUUGCUUUUCUCUCCUCCUGAAAUCAGACCUUACAGAACACUGAACCAAUCCUUUGUCCCAGCUUCUGGGAAGCCAGGAGGAGCUAAUGCAGCAACUAAGGAUUUCAUGUAUUACUCUUUCCAAGGAAGCUUCGAUGCUGACAUGAUUUUCUGCAUAAUCAUCCAUUUAAUUAUUUGAGAGAUUUCAAGAAAUACUUAUGGAGAGCCAUUUCCUGCCAGGCACUGUUAAAGGCAUCAGGGCCAGUGGACGGGGGCAGUUGUACUUGGCGUGAUGGGCUGAAGUGGGAUGGAAUGCAGAGGCCUGGGAGUAGGGGGUCAGGAGGCCCAGAAUGUGCAUGCCUUCUGGGCGGAGACCUGAAGGAAGGGAGAGUCUGAGCUCUGUGGUUUUUGAGAAAUAUUUUUGGCAGGGGAAUGGAGAAAGGACGUCAAAGUGCAGUGCAGGGGGCCUGGUGGAGGCCAGUGGGGCAGAGAGCCGUGAGGCGCAGGCCAGGCGACUCAGCCAGAGAGAUCUGCUUUGCUAAGGCAUGGAGGCAGAAGAUGUUUCAAGGGCUGAAGACAGAGCUGAGUGUCCAGGUUCCAAAAAUGAAGGCCAGCCUGAUGUUGCUCAGCCUGACUUCCCACAUGGAGGCCAGUCUCCUGGUCCCACUGCUCUCUGGGAGAUGCUAGAAAGGAAGUUUCUGGAAUAUCAGAAGUUGGCUCACGGAAGCCCGGCUGAACAUCAGCAGAGCCUGUUGAAUCUUCUCCCACUGUUCCUAAAGGCCUGGGAAAACUCUGUGGGGAUCAUCUCCUUUCCUAGUCUCCAAAGCCUAGCAGAAGAUAUUUCUAACCAGCUUGCCCAAGAAAUACAGAAGGCACUUGUGGGAAAGCCUGCAGAGCAAGCGAGGGAGGCAGCGGGGCAGUUGCUGCGGUGGAAAGGGGACGUGGAUCAGGAUGGCUACCUGCUCCUGAAGUCGGUGUAUGUGCUCACGGGGACAAACUCGGAGACGCUGGGCAGAGUCGCUGCAUCCGGGCUUCCAGCCCUGCUCCUGAAGUGCCUUUACCUCUUCUUUGUCUUUCCUCUGGAAAAGGAGGAGGUUUUAGAGAAUGAUGUUCAAGUUCAGAGGAUGUUUGUGCAGAUGUUGCUGAACAUUUGCAGUGAGUCUCAGGGGCUGGAGAGACUUCUGUCAGGAAAUGAGCUCCAAUCUCUAGUGAUUGCCACUACCUGUCUUUGGGAGCACAGCUGCUGCUUUUGGAAGGAGCCCACCUUCUGUGUGCUGAGGGCAAUCUCCAAGGCCCAGCACCUUGGCAUCAUUGAAUACCUGCAGGCCAUGGAUUGCAUCAAACUCUCCCUUCAGAAUCUCUCCAAGCUUGCAGACAUGCUCCCUGCUCCCAAGGUGAGCGAGUCAGUGAGCCUCAUCUUGGGCUUUGUGAAGGACUCCUAUCCCGUCUCUUCGGCUCUGUUCCUAGAGUUUGAGAAUGGGGAGGGCUACCCUCUUCUCCUCAAAGUGCUACUUCGGUACGAUGCACUGGCACAGAGCGAAGUGGAUCCCCACUUGGAGGAGCUCCUCGAGCUGCUGGUGUGGCUGACGACCUGCGGGAGGUCAGAGCUGAAGGUGUUUGAUAGCAUCACCUACCCUCAGCUGGAAGGCUUCAAGUUCCAUCAUGAGGCUUCUGGGGUGACCGUUAAGAAUCUUCAGGCCUUCCAAGUCCUACAGAAUGUUUUCCAAAAAGCCAGCAACCCUGUCCUCUGCACCAAGGUCCUGUCAGCCAUCAGGGCCAUGUGGGUCUGGAACGCCCGCAACUUCUUCCUGCUGGAGUGGACCCUGCAGCCCAUCUCGCAGUUCGUGGAGAUUGUGCCCCUGAAGCCGGCCCCGGUGCAAAAGCAAUUCUUCCAGCUGCUGGAGGCCCUGGUGUUCGAGCUGCAUUAUGUGCCCCAUGAAAUCCUGCGGAAGGUGCAGUGCUUGAUCAAGGAGAGCCCCGAGUCACCCUGCGCCCUCGUGGCCCUGCAGAGUGUCCUCAGGAUAGCCGGCAGGGACUUGCUUUUCACCGACAUCUUCCGGGACUCGGGUCUCCUGGGUCUGCUGCUGGCCCAGCUGCGGAAGCGGGCCAAGAUCCUGAGGAAGUCAGGAAACAAAGAGCCCACACUUGGUGUUCAGGAUCCAGAGAGAGAACUGACCUGUGUGAUGCUGAGAACUGUAGUCACACUUCUGAGAGGCUCAGUUCGGAAUGCAGUUGUACUGAAAGACCACGGCAUGGUGCCCUUCAUCAAGAUCUUCCUGGACGUUGAGUGGUACCGAGAGGCCUCACUCAGCAUCUUGGAGCAGCUCUCCGUCAUCAACGCUGAGGAGUAUAUGAGCAUCAUUGUGGGCGCUUUGUGCUCAUCGACUCAAGGGGAGCUGGAGCUGAAACUGGAUCUUCUGCAGUCUCUACUCAGGAUCCUGGACACCCCCAAAGGCCGUGCUGCUUUCAGAGUGUCCAGUGGGUUCAAUGGACUCCUGUCCCUGCUCUCUGACCUGGAGGGGUCUCUCCAGGAGCCCCCGCUGCAGGCGUGGGGGAUGGUGUCCCCCAGCCAGACCCUGGACCUGGUCCUGCACACCCUCUGUGCCUUGUCUGCGGCAUUGCACCUGGACCCUGUCAACAGCGACUUCUUCAAGAAGAAUGGGCUUUUUGAGAAGCUGGCCGAGGACCUCUGUUUGCUGGGAUGUUUCGGGGCGCAGGAGGAAGAGGGAGCCCCUCUGCACUCGGAGGCAGACACAAAGGCCAGGCCUUUUGCUGACUUGCUGAGUGCGGCCUUUGCCUCUGCCAGCCCAUUCCCACCCAAGAUACAGAGCUGCCUCCAGAUCCUCAGCUUUCUGGACAGCAUGGCCGGUGGCACCCUCCACCUGCGCAGAGACCUGAAGGAGCCCCCGAGGGCUGGGCAAGACCCAGCUCCGCAUGCCCAGAAGGAAGACGCCGGCAGUGACCCCCAAGGCAACUUUAAGCUGUGGCCAGACCUGGAGGAGAGGAUGGAUGAAGGGGACGCUGUGAUCAUACACCCCGGGGUCCUGUGCAUCAUGGUGAGACUGCUGCCUCGGUUGUACCAUGAAGACCACCCCCAGCUUUCCCAGGAGAUCCAGUGCUCCAUGGCCAGUCAUAUCCAGUCCCUGGUGAAAUCGGAGAAGAACCGUCAGGUCAUGUGUGAGGCGGGGAUGCUUAGGACCCUCGUGGCCUCCUGCCGCAGGGCCCUGACCACCAGCACCAGCCCCUUGCACUCAGGCCUCAUCAGGAUUUUUGAAAAACUUGCCUCCCAAGCCAUCGAACCAGACGUGUUAAGACAGUUUCUAGGUCUUGGAGUUCCCCCACCUCCAUCAGCUGCAACGAAAAUCCUCCAUUCAUCUUGUGUCCAUGGAGGGGACUCUGGAGGCUCAGGGUCCCAGGCUGCAGAAGCAGGGACUGCUGAGGGUCCCGGAGGAGCUGCCCCAGGGGCCGACCCUUGCUCAGCAGUCACACAGGCCCUCAGAUCCUCGAGGACGUCCCAGGGCUCAACCACUGCCCUUCAGACUUCACUCAGCCUCAUCUCCAUGACCUCCCCGCGCAACCUGCAGCCUCAGAAGGCGGCCCUGGCUCCAUCAUUUGUGGAAUUUGACAUGUCCGUGGAAGGCUAUGGCUGUUUGUUUAUUCCGACUGUGUCUACAGUUAUGGGAACCAGCACAGAGUAUCUGGUCUCCGGAGGGAUCGGGACAGGUGCUGCCAGAUCGUUCCCUCCACUUGGUGGCCUGACCUUCUCCUGCUGGUUCCUGAUCAGCAGGCACAGCACAGUCACUGAGGGCCACCCUCUGCGCUUCCUAACCUUGGUGCGUCACCUGGCCAGGACUGAGCAACCCUUCAUCUGCUUCUCUGUCAGCCUGUGCCCGGACGACCUCUCCUUAGUUGUGUCUACAGAAGAGAAAGAAUUUCAGUCCCUGGACAUCAUGGAACCCGAGGAUGAUCCUGAGCCUUCUGCUGGACGCCAGCUUCGGGUCAGGUGUGGCCAGCUGCUGACUUGUGGUCAGUGGCACCACCUGGCUGUGGUUGUCACCAAGGAAAUGAAAAGGAAUUGUACUGUUUCCACCUAUCUGGAUGGACAGAUCGUUGGCUCAGCCAAGAUGUUGUACAUCCAGGCCUUGCCAGGGCCUUUCCUUUCAAUGGAUCCAUCUUCAUUUGUGGAUGUUUAUGGAUAUAUCUCUACCCCUCGAGUUUGGAAACAAAAGUCAUCGUUAAUAUGGCGUCUUGGCCCUACAUACCUCUUUGAAGAAGCCAUCUCAGUGGACACUCUGGAAGUUAUUAACAAACUUGGCCCAAGAUACUGUGGUAACUUCCAAGCUGUGCAUGCCCAAGGAGAGGACCUUGAUACAGAAGCGACGCCCCUGGUUGCAGAGGAAAGGGUUUCCUUUGGCCUUCACAUAGCCAGCUCCUCCAUCACCAGUGUUACGGACAUCAGAAACACUUACAAUGAGGUGGACAGCCGCCUGAUUGCCAAGGAGAUGAACAUUUCAUCCCGUGACAAUGCCAUGCCUGUGUUCUUGCUAAGAAAUUGUGCUGGGCACCUGUCAGGUUCUCUUCGAACCGUUGGAGCUGUGGCUGUGGGCCAAUUAGGUGUAAGGGUGUUCCACUCCAUCCCAGCAGCCAGCAGUCUGGACUUCAUUGGUGGGCCCGCCAUCCUCCUGGGCCUCAUUUCCUUAGCAACGGAUGACCACACCAUGUAUGCGGCCGUGAAAGUCCUGCACUCUGUCCUGACCAGCAAUGCCAUGUGUGACCGUCUGAUGCAGCACAUCUCUGGGUACCAGAUAAUGGCUUUCCUCCUGAGGAAAAAGACCUCUCUCCUAAACCAGCGAAGUUUUCAGCUCAUCCUCUCCAUUGCCGGCACUGCAGAACUGGGCUUCGGCUCCUCUCUGGUCACCAAUGUUGGUGUCUUUCAACACAUCCUCUGCAAUUUUGAGCUCUGGAUGAAUUCUGCAGACAACCUGGAGCUCUCCCUCUUUUCCCAUUUUGUGGAAAUCCUUCGAUCACCAAGGGAAGGACCCCGGAAUGCUGAAGUUGCUCACCAGGCACAGCUUAUACCCAAGCUCGUCUUCCUCUUCAAUGAGCCGGGCCUCACCUUCUCCAAGAUCCCCACCAUCAUUGCCAUCCUAGGCUGUCAGCUGAGGGGCCACUUCAGCAUCCAGGACUUGCUCAGAAUUGGGCUGUUUGUUGUCUACACCCUCAAGCCUUCUUCGGUGAAUGAGAGGCAGAUCUGCGUGGAUGGAGGCCUGGACUCCUCAGUGUCUGCUGGAAGCCAAACAUCUGGAAAGACAAUCUGGCUCAGAAACCAGUUGCUGGAGAUGCUGUUCAGUGUAAUAUCUUCUUCCCAACUUCAUCUGUCCUCUGAGACAAAGGAAGAGAUGUUUUUGAACCUGGGGCCUGACUGGUUCCUGCUCCUUGUACAGGGCCACGUGCAUCCAAGCACCACAGUGCUGGGGUUGAAGCUUCUGCUGCACUUUUUGGCAAGCCCCUCCCUCCGCGGGCGAUUUAAAGAAGGCCUGUCUGGGGGAUCCUGGGUGGAGCGCAGCUUCGAGGGAGUAGACAUUGUGAUAGAUAACCUGAAGAGCCACCCUGCCAUGCCUGACCAGAGCCCCUGCCUGCUUCCUGGGUUCCGCGUCUUGAAAGACUUUCUGGGCCACCAUGUGCAUAUUCCAGAAGUCUAUCUCAUUGUGUCCACCUUCUUCCUGCAGACGCCACUUACAGAGCUGACGGACGGGCCCAAAGACAGCCUGGAUGCCAUGCUUCAGUGGCUCCUGCAGAAGCACUACAGUGAAGAAGUCCUCCGGGUUGGGCUGUGCACCGAAGGUGCCCUGCUGCUUCUGGAAAUGCUGAAAGCCACCAUGAGCCAGCCCUCAGCAGGCUCUGGAGAUGAUGCCUGGGAACAGACCUUCCCUGCCAGCGUGCUGCACUUCCUUGGCCUUGUGCACAGCACCUACCCCCAGGACCCUUCCUGGCGGGCCCCGGAGUUCCUCCAGACGUUGGCUGCUGUCACCUUCCCUCUGGGAACCCACAAGGAGCCCAUGACUCAGCCUGCCCAGAACGCCAGCAACCCCGGGGUUGCGACUGAAGGCGACGGCAUUGCAGAGGGCCUACAGGCUCCUGCCAAGUCACAUCCCGCCCGGAAGCAGCUGAGGGAUUUCACGCAGCUGCUCUUGAGGGAGCUCUUGCUGGUGGCCUCCAAUCCCAAGCAGUGGCUGCCAUUGGAAGUGCUCCUGGAGGCUUCUCCAGACAAUGCCACCAGCCAACAGAAACGGGAUUUCCAAUCUGAGGUCCUGCUUUCCACCAUGGAAAUAUUUCACACGACGAGUGGAGGCAACAUGCCCAUGCUCAGAGGCAGUAAAGAGCCUCAGCCGAAUGCAGAAGCUGCUUUGACUCCUUCACUCUCGAGCAUCUCCUACUUCACCCAGAAGCUGGUAGAGAAACUAUACAGUGGGAUGUUCUCAGCUGACCCCCGACACAUUCUUCUCUUCGUCAUAGACCACAUCAUGUUGGUCAUCGAGAAUGCCUCUUCUCCAAGGGAUGCUAUCAUCAGUGCUUUGUACAGCAGUUUAAAUAAAGUCAUUCUUUACUGCCUGUCCAAGCCCCAGCAAUCACUCUCCGAAUGCCUUAGUCUUCUCAGCAUCUUGGGCUUCCUACAGGAACACUGGGACAUUAUCUUUGCCACCUAUAAUUCCAACACCAGCUUCCUCCUGUGUCUCAUGUAUUGUUUUUUGCUGCUCAAUGAGAGAAGUUAUCCAGAAGGAUUUGGACUGGAACCCAAGCCUAGAAUGACUCCUUAUCAUCAAGUCUUUCUUUCUCCAAAUGAAGAAGUAAGAGAAAAAGGAGAGGAAGACUUCCCAAGUUUGAAUGAUGUCCAGCACAACAUCCAAAAGACAGUGCGGACCCUGUGGCAGCAGCUCGUGGCACAGAGGCGGCAGGAGCUGGAGGACACCUUCAAGAUUGAUCUCUCUGUGAAACCUGGAGACAGAGAAGUGAAGAUUGAAGAGAUUACCCCACUCUGGGAGGAGACGAUGCUCAAGGCCUGGCAGCAUUACUUAGCAUCUGAGAAGAAGUCGCUGGCCAGCCGCUCGAAUGUGGGACAUCCGAGCAAGGUCUCCUCGUGGAGUGGCAGCUUGUCUUCAGCAAUGAGGCUGAUGCCCGGGAGGCAGGCCAAGGACCCUGAGUGCAAGACAGAGGAUUUCGUGUCGUGUAUCGAGAACUACAGAAGAAGAGGACAGGAACUAUAUGCAUCUUUAUACAAAGAUCAUGUCCAGAGACGGAGAUGUAACAACAUCAAGGCGGCCAACGCCUGGGCCAAGAUUCAGGAGCAGCUUUUUGGGGAGCUGGGCUUGUGGGGCCAAACGACAGAAGCCACACUUUGCUCCAGGUGGGAACUGGACUGGAGAGAGGGACCAGCUCGCAUGAGGAAACGUGUGAAACGCUUGUCUCCGCUGGAAGCCCUGAGUCCAGAAAGGCUCAAGGAAAAUCAAGACAGAAACAGCAACGUGUCUCAAACAAAUGUUGAAAGCCAAGAUGAGCUGACAUCAGAGGAAGCUGAGAUCAAGACAGACGAGGUAGCGGUGGACUGCACUCAGCUUACCUUCUUCCCUGCCCUACACGAAAGUCUGCACUCUGAAGAUUUCUUGGAACUGUGCCGGGAAAGACAAGUUAUUUUACAAGAGCUUCUCGAUCAUGAAAAGGUGACACAGAAGUACUCCCUGGUGAUCGUGCAGGGCCACCUGGUCUCCGAAGGGAUCCUGCUUUUUGGCCAUCAGCACUUCUACAUCUGUGAGAACUUCACGCUGUCCCCUGUGGGUGAUGUCUACUGUACCCGCCACUGCUUAUCCAACAUCAGCGAUCCAUUCAUUUUCAACAUGUGCAGCAAAGACAGGUCCUCCGACCACUACUCGUGCCAGAGACAUAGCUAUGGGGACCUCAGGGAGCUCCGGCAGGCACGCUUCCUCCUGCAGGACAUUGCCCUGGAGCUCUUUUUCCAAAAUGGAUAUUCCAAGUUUCUUGUCUUUCACAACAGCGAUCGGAGUAAGGUCUUCAAAAGCUUCUGCUCUUUCCAGCCCAGCUUGAAAGGGAAAGGCAUCACGGAGGAGCCUCUCAAUCUAAGGCGAUACCCCGGCUCUGACAGGACCAUGCUACAGAGGUGGCAGAAAAGGGACAUCAGCAAUUUUGAGUAUCUCAUGCACCUCAACACCAUGGCUGGAAGGACCUACAAUGACUAUAUGCAGUAUCCCGUGUUUCCCUGGGUCCUGGCCGACUACACCUCACAGACAUUGAACUUGACGAAUCCCAAGACUUUCCGCGAUCUCUCAAGGCCCAUGGGGGCUCAGACCAAGGAAAGGAAGCUGAAAUUUAUCCAGAGGUUUAAAGAAGUUGAGAAAACUGAAGGAGACAUGACCGCCCAGUGUCACUACUACACUCACUACUCCUCGGCCAUCAUUGUCGCCUCCUACCUGGUCCGGAUGCCACCCUAUACCCAGGCCUUCUGCUCUCUGCAGGGUGGAAGCUUUGAUGUGGCAGACAGAAUGUUCCACAGCGUACAGAACGCGUGGGAGUCGGCCUCCAGAGAGAACAUGAGUGACGUCAGGGAGCUGACUCCAGAGUUCUUCUACCUCCCCGAGUUCCUAGUCAACUGCAAUGCUGUGGAGUUCGGCUGCAUGCAGGAUGGGACAGCCCUGGGGGACGUGCAACUCCCUCCCUGGGCUGAUGGGGACCCUCGGAAAUUCAUCAGCCUGCACAGACAGGCUCUGGAAAGUGACUUUGUCAGUGCCAACCUCCACCACUGGAUAGACCUCAUUUUUGGGUACAAGCAGCAGGGGUCAGCCGCAGUAGAAGCUGUUAAUACCUUCCACCCCUACUUCUAUGGUGACAGAAUGGACCUCAGCAGCAUCAGUGACCCUUUGAUCAGGAGCACCAUCCUGGGGUUUGUCAGCAACUUUGGACAGGUACCCAAACAGCUCUUUACGAAACCCCACCCAGCCAGGACCACUGCAGGGAAGGCUUCACCCGGAAAGGAUGCCGUCAUAUCUGCGAGCCUCCCCAGCCACCCACAGCCCUUUUUCUACAAUCUGCAGUCACUGCGGCCCUCCCAGGUCACAGUCAAAGAUAUGUACCUUUUCUCUCUAGGCUCAGAAUCCCCCAAAGGAGCCAUUGGCCACAUCGUCCCUACCGAGAAGACCAUCCUGGCUGUGGAAAAGAACAAGAUGCUGCUGCCUCCGCUCUGGAACAGGACCUUCAGCUGGGGCUUUGAUGACUUCAGCUGCUGCCUGGGGAACUAUGGCUCUGACAAGAUCCUGACAACAUUCGAGAACCUGGCUGCCUGGGGCCGCUGCCUGUGUACCGUGUGCCCAGCCCCCACAACGAUCAUCACCUCUGGGGCCAGUGCGGUGGUCUGUGUAUGGGAGCUCAGCAUAGCCAGAGGCCGCCCGAAAGGCCUGCACCUCAAGCAGGCCUUAUAUGGACACACACAGGCUGUCACAUGCCUGGCAGCAUCAGUCACCUUCAGCCUCCUGGUGAGUGGCUCCCAAGACUGUACUUGCAUCCUGUGGGACCUAGACCAUCUCACCCACGUGGCCCGCCUGCCUGCCCACCGGGAGGGUAUCUCUGCUCUUGCCAUCAGUGACGUCUCGGGCACCAUUGUCUCCUGUGCGGGAGCCCACUUGUCUCUGUGGAAUGUCAACGGACAGCCACUGGCCAGCAUCACCACGGCCUGGGGCCCUGAAGGAGUCAUAACCUGCUGCUACAUGAUGGAAGGGCCAGCAUGGGACACAAACCAUGUCAUCAUCACUGGGAGUCAAGACGGCAUGGUUCGGAUUUGGAAGACUGAGGACAUGAAGACAUCUGUUCCCGGGCUGGUAGCACCAGAGGAUCCCUCAGCUCAACCUCUGAGCCCAAGAGGUCACAGGUGGGAGAAGAAUCUUGCCCUCUGUCGAGAGCUGGAUGUCAGCCUUGCUUUGACAGGGAAGCCCAGCAAGACCAGCCCUGCGGUGACAGCCCUAGCCGUGUCCAGAAACCAGACCAAACUUCUGGUCGGCGAUGAGAAGGGGAGAAUAUUCUGCUGGUCUGCAGAAGGGUAGGAAGAAAGACAGUGGAGGUCAGGUGGAGUGAGCGGCAGGUGCCCUGAGUGGCAGCAGCAGCACCAGCAAAAGGAGGCUGUCGCAGUGCCUGGGGCACAGAAGACUCUCCCCUGAGGAAGGGGCUGCUGGCCAUCAGAGCUGCACACCCCGAGCCACUCCAUGGCCCAUGCGACUUUGGCCUUGGGUUGCCCAAGGACACACUCCAUAAAAAGGAGAAGAGCACCUGGGAGCCUGGGAGCAGCGAUCUGGAAACUGUGACUCACUCACAAGCUGCCCACGAACUCACAAGACUCACCUUUUCAAAGGGCUUAUUACACUGAAAAAAAUUGGGUCACUUGCUGGAAACUAAUGGGAAAUAUUGGAUUGUCUUUAUUUUAUUAAAAUGACCGUUUUCAAAAUGCAAGAGGGCUCGUGAGUGUAAGAUCACCACCCUUUUCCACUCAGGUGUUUGCAUCCCAUACCUAGAAAGGCAGGAAGGCCUCAGAGAAGCACAGCCCGCCCUCAGAGUGUUUCUCAGGCCCUCCUGCCUCCUUCCCUGGAAUCUGGCUUUCCUGCAGGCUUGCCCGCCAGACAAGGGUUCAUGGGGAGCGAGGGGCUAUGCUCAGGAGGCCCGGCUAACAUGGCUGACAGGACGUGAACGUGAGUCCUCUGGCAGGCAUAGGGAAGUCAGCCUGGGGGUGAGGGAGAGGCACGCUGCCGAGGUGUGCCUACCCUAUCUCUGUGCCCCAGAGAAGACUUGGGCUUGGCAGGCUUUUCCCAGGGCCUGACCUUUCAUGAGGGGCAAGGACCCCCAUCCACAUGUUGAUUUGGAGCUGGAGCUCCUCCUGGGAAAAUUCGGGCUGCUACGUGACUUGUGCUCUCCAUCUGAGAAGAUGGCAGGUAGGGAGUCAGCUGAGCCCCUCUGAGGAAUUCCAGUGCCUUCCAAGGCACCAGUCAUUCUCAGUCCUGUUGUUGGGCACUGAAGGCAUCAUCCGAUUCCAAUGCCUUCUCUCCACCCCCAGACUUUCAGAGCUCCUUGAAAGGCAAUUCACCUGCCUCUUCAGUGAAAUCAAGUCCGGGCGGGUGCACGGGGAUUUGGGGCGGCAAAUCUCCUUAGCAACUCCCCUCCCUGAGAUUUUUCCCUCCAGGGAACACAAUCCUUUCCAUAUUUCUGCAAGCCCUGCAGAGGCCCUGAUGAGUGUCCCCAUUCAGCGUAGCUCAGGCCUGGGAAUGGCAAGAAAAUGGACUUGAUGUCUUAUGGCCUGGGUCGCCUGGCCUCCAGGGGCAGUGAAUCAAUUUAAAGAUAAAUCUUCAGAACGGACAGGUGGUACGCAGCUAUGUCAAAGAUAGUGAAUGAGGGAUGGUUAGGAAACAGUGAGCUAUCUGUAAACUUUGAGGUCUUUGCAAAGGGCAAGACAGAGGACGAGGUGCUUCUCAGGUCCACUGCCCCCCUCCCUGGGUGAGAAGGGCCUGUGUCUGACCCCAGGGCCAAGGAUCUCGCCUGUCUGCAUGUGCUCUUAGCAGACGCCCCAUUUGCAAUCCCCUCGUCAGUCUGGGGCUGCACGGAAGGGCCAUAAAUUGAAGAGUGGAGAGCGCCACUCCCCAGGAAGGCCAAGAAGCAAGUCAUAAAUAUCAAGGCUGGGCGUGCUGUCAUGUUUCAAACACCAUCCAUAGCAUUUACCUGAGGCUGAAAGGUCUGCUGGCCCAAAGGCUGUCUUGGGCACAUUCACUUGACAAAUAUUUCCUGGACGCUGCCUUUUGCUUGCCCACAUCACUAGGAAAAGGGAGGGGUGGGGGUCAGGUCUUGUUGGAGUCUUGGUGAUAAGAUAUCUGUGCAAACAAAUGUGACUAGGGGUGGAAGGGCUAAAAGAGAGACAUCCCAUGCCUUAGGGAGGACCUAGGCGAUAUUGUGGCUGCAGUAGUCUGCUCAGGCUUCCAGAACAAAGUACCAUAGGCUGGGGAGCUUAAACACAAAGAUUUUUCGGUUCUGGAGCCUGGAAGUUCAAGAUCAAGGUCAGCAAGGUUGGUUUCUCCCGAGGCCUCUCUCCGUGGCUUGUAGAUGGCUCUGUCUCUCCCUGUGUCCUCACAUGGAUCUGUGUGUGUGUGUGUGUGUGUGCGCGCGCACAUGUGUGUGCGCGUGUGUGCGUGCGCGCUAAUCUCUUCUCAUAAAGAUACCAGCCAUGUUGGAUUAGGGUCCAUCCUAAUGACCUCAUUUUACUUUACUUAUCUCUCUAAAGAUGUUAUCUCCCCAAAUUGUCACAUUCGGAGGUACUGGGGAACAGGACUUCAGCACAGGGAUUUUGGUGAGACACAGGUCAGCCCAUAACACCGGCUGAAGUAGAUGGCCCUGGAGCAAAACUUGGAAGGGCAGAUAGGACUUAGCCUUGUCCAGCUGGAGAGCGGGAUGUUGUAGGAAGAGGAGGCAGCCUUGGCGAAGGCACAGGGCAUGCCAGGCUGGAGCUAGAAAGAAGGAGCAGGAAAAGAUAGAGGUCUCAAGACAGGUAGUGAGGGGCUUCCUUAGCCUCUGGGGACAGAGACCUCCGUGUUGGGCUCACUUUCACUGGCUCAGCUGGAGACAGUAGCUGUGCCCAGCUCUUGCAAAGUUAAGCUCCUCCCCAUGACAAUUGUUUAAUAACUGUGAGACCAGCCCCCACCCCCAGCCCCAUCACUGCGAUAACCCGGGUCUCCCACACUCCCAUCCUGGGAAGGUCUCAGCUCCGUUCACCAUUCCAAAUAAAUGCUGCUUUCCCACCCAUUAAUCACAGUAAUUCUUGCCCUGACCUUUUUCGGCUCUCCCUCUCUGCUGAGAGGCCAGGGAAGAGAACCCAGUGCCAUGGACAUGCCUCCAAUUGCAGAGAGGAAAGCAGGUUUCCCAGUUCAGUCUUCAAAAGUGCAAGAUCAGGGUGUGCAUUUGAAUCAACCCUCCGGGAGAUAGCUUUACCCACUGUGGGCGCCAGCAAGGCUCGAGCCGUGCCCACGUCUCUAUCUGGACGGGCCUGGGCUCACCUGGGACAGCCUUACAUUAAAGAGUAUUCAUUGUUUAUCAGAAGUUUAAAUUUAACUGGAUGUCUCAUAUGUGUAUUUGUUAAGUCCCAGUGCCCUGCUCCCUGGACGUUCUAGAGACAGGGAAGGAUGGUAGCCUGCCCAAGGACCUGAUGCCCCAUAAGUACUCAGUGCAUGAUGCGUGAAUUGCUUCUGUGAAUUGCUGGGAACUGAUGGCGAGACUGCAAGGGGUUCUUUGUGCCACUGACCAAGUUUCCAGGACCCUGUGGGUCUCUGGCCCUCGUUCUUCAUGGGCACAGUCUCCUGCCUGACACCGACCCUUUGUUUUUCCUUUAUGCUCUGCGCUCCAAGGAGAGAAGCCCAGUCCCCAGAAGCCACUCAGGACAGCAACUGCUUCCCCCAGGCUCAGCCAGCAGCUAGGAGCCGAGUCCUGAGAACCCAGUCACGGGGCCUGCAGAGAACUCAGAGAUUGGAUUUGACCACAUUAGCAUGCAGCCGAGCAGGGCACAUUUGGGGAAGAAUAGACUCUUCAUAUGAAAAUCCUGAUGAAAUUUGUUUAGCAUAAGAUCAAAUCUCUCUAAGCCAAAAUCAGUUUUGCUUUAGUAAGUUCUGGGUACAUAUCGCAUGUGCAGAUCCAGGGUAUGUGUGUGCGUGUGUGUGUAUGUGUAAUUGCUUACACGAGUGUGUCGUUUCCAUUUCACUCUUAAGGGCUGCUGCCCAUAGCACCUUCAUAGUCUUCUUAGUAAACAGGAGGAUUUUCCAAAUUGUCUCUUUCCCCCAAAUCCCCAAAGGCGAGAAACUGUGUUGCCCCAGGCUGAGAUCUCUGUCUGUCUCCCGACUGGUUGAUACAGACACCCCUUGUCUAAGACCCACUAUUGCCAGUUGUCAAAAAUGAUUUUCUUAAAUGCACCACCCUGCAAGAACUCCAGGUCACCUGUGCCCCAGUCCUGUGCAGGACACGCUGGGCAGUCCUCCGUCUUCACUCAGGAAGUAGGCACUGACGAGUUCUCACUGACAUCAGAGUGAUGGCUGACGUUAACUAUCCACCCAGGCAAUUGUUCAUUCGUUCAUUCAUUCAUUCAUUCACUAGCAUUGCCCAAGGGACCACUGAGUGUCUGUUCCAAGCCAGGCUGGGACCUGAUGGAGAGAGGCUGAGUCUGGACACGGAUGCCUGAAACCGAACCCCUAAGAGCCCGGAGACGUCAGUGGUCACACAGCCCCUCUAAUUCUGCUAUUUUACAGGUAGGGAAACCGAGGCCCAAGAAAAGGAAGGGACUUAACUAAGGUCGUGUAGCAGGUCAGUGGCAGAACCUGGUCAGGGCUCCAGACGCGAGUACCCCCUCUGAUGUACCACACGGCCUUGUGUUCCUUCAAGGGCUGGGGGCGCAUGGGCAAACAGAAGCCUAAAUAGCCUGCCUCCAGGCCCUGGAACCUUGGCGCCCUACCUUCUCUCCAGUGCCUGGGUUUCCAAGAAUAGCUGCCCUACCCCACCUCGUGACAAAACACAGGAUGAAGAGUGUGAGUAAAUGCUUUGCGAAGAAUAAAAAAAAAAAAUGGUUUGGACAUUUUGUAUCAGAAGAGACCAGCUUGGAUACCCCCUGCAGUGAGGAACUCACUGCCCCAAACAGCAGCUCUCUGGGACCUCGAAGUUCAUCCUUCCCACUUGGAGCACAAGUCACCGGAGGCCCCUGCACUGGGUAGCCCGCCCCUGGGAGCAGAGGCUGUGAGAUGGCACUUUCUGACCCCACGCCACUUCUCGGGCUCGGUGUCCCUCCUCCCCAGUUGUCCUUCUUUCCUGUUGUUCUGUAAGAUCGGACUGACAAUUACAGAUUAAAUGAGGUACUGAUUAAGACUAAGAUUAAAUGAGGUAAUGUGUGUAAAGCUCUUACCACAGAGCGGGAGCUUAGGAAAUGCUUAUUAUUGUGGUUAGGAUUGUUAAUGUGGUUUCUCACACCGGGCCUGAUAGGAGGCAAAUGGCUUUCCUUUUCUUCUCUCUCCUCUCUGGGGCAUUAUCCCCUCAUUCCUAAGCUUCCAGAAUGUUUCUCAUUCCUGUUUGUGAUUUCUCUACACCACCUGUAUCAACUACAAUCACUUUCAUGCUGUCUUUAACUGCACUCGUUUUGUGAACUUGAACCUUAUUUAAGCAUUAAUGUCUGUGAAAUCACAGGUGUGAUGUACAGUCUCUAUUUUUUUCUAAUUACAUAACAAAUAAAUGCAAAAAAGAACUCUUGUCCAUGUACCUCCUACAACCACCUCCCGGUCCUGGGUCUCUUAGAUACAACGUCGAAAGUAUAAUCCAUCAAAGAAAAAGUAGGUAGACCAGACUUUGUCCAAUUCAAGAUCUUCUGUUCUUUGAAGGAUACUGUUAAACAAAAGACAAGCCACAGAUUGAGAGAAAAUACUGGCAAGCCACACAUCUGACCCAGGACUUGUAUCCAGAGUACAUUUUAAAACUCCCAGAAUUCGGGGCGCCUGGGUGGCUCAGUUGGUUGGGCGUCCGACUUCGGCUCAGGUCAUGAUCUCACGGUCUGUGGGUUCGAGCCCCGAGUCGGGCUCUGUGCCGACGGCUCAGAGCCUGGAGCCUGUUUCAGAUUCUGUGUCUCCCUCUCCCUGACCCUCCCCCGUUCAUGCUCUGUCUCUCUCUGUCUCAAAAAUAAAUAACCGUUAAAAAAAAUAAAAAAUAAAAUAAAAAUAAAACUCCCAGAAUUCAAUAAAAAGGAAAUAAACAACCCAGUAAAAAAAAAAAAUGGAAAAGAUUUGAACAGACACUUCAAAGAAGACACCUGGCAAGCAAGUAUGCCCAUGAAAAGAUGUCAGUGUCAUUAUCAUUAGGCAUAUGCAAAUUACAGCCAGAUGCCAGACCACAACAUUGUAAACAUGGCUAACGCUAAAAAGACUGACCAAACCAAGUAUUAGGAAGGA